AUGCCUCCUCAAAUCAAACAGGACCUUAACCGGUCAGGCUGGGAGUCUACUGACUUUCCGUCUGUCUGCGAAAACUGCCUCCCCGAGAACCCCUACGUCCAGAUGCUCAAGGAAGACCACGGCGCCGAAUGCAAGAUCUGCACCCGUCCCUUCACCAUAUUCCGGUGGAAGGCCGACCGCACUGCACGCACCAAACGCACGAAUAUCUGUCUUACUUGUGCUCGACUGAAGAACUGCUGCCAGUGUUGCAUGCUCGAUCUCUCGUUCGGCCUCCCGAUUGUCGUUCGCGAUGCCGCGCUGAAGAUGGUGGCGCCUGGCCCCGAAAGUGGGAUCAACCGCGAAUACUACGCCCAGGGCCACGAGAAGGAAAUUGAAGAAGGCCGAGGUGCGGUUGAGGAGUACGAAAAAACAGACGAGAAAGCUCGCGAAUUGCUUCGGCGGCUUGCAAAUUCCGAACCAUACUACAGGAAGCCCAGACAGCAGCUCGAGGCGCCGCAAGAAGACGGAGAAGAGAAGGAAACUCCGACAGGCGCGCCGGUUGUCAAGAGCCGAUAUGGGAACGCACCAGGACCUGUACGGACAAGUGAGAGCAGAAGAGGCACAGCACUACCCGGUCGGGGUGGCCGAGGAGGUGUGCGCGGCGGCCGCGGAGGCCGACCAUUCCCGGGCACUGCGCAACUGCCACCAUCGCAAGAAGACAUCCUCCCGCCUGCGGACCCGAAUAUCACGUCUCUUUUCGUUACCGGUGUUGAAGACGACCUCCCUGAGCACGCUAUUCGGUCAUUCUUUGUUCAAUUCGGCCAGCUCCGGUCUCUAAUUUGUUCCCACCGUGCUCAUUGCGCGUUUGUCAACUACGCCGCGCGUGAGUCCGCCGAAGCUGCCGCCCAACAAUGCCAAGGGAAGGCUGUCGUUCAAGGCUGCCCUCUUCGCAUUCGGUGGGGUAAGCCCAAGUCGUUGGAUAAUAUGGACCGGGAAGAACGGUUGAAGUAUGCCCGUGAGGGUCGGCAAGCCGGAGGUCUCGCGGGGACUGGGGGACAGGCAACGAAGGCAAUCACAGCAGGGGCUGAAAAGGAAGAGCAGCCACGCAACGUGGCCGUUGCGCCCCCUCCUGGUAGUGGCGAUGUUCAGUACUCCAGUUUGUCUGGUGAUUAA